CUGUCUUUUUUGGUUUUCUGGCGAUAAGGGAGAAAAAACUGACCAAAUAAGUAGAAGUGCGGCAGUUGCAAAGAUUCCAGUCUCUGUCUCCCCCAGGCACUAGCUUUACGCUAUUAAUCUAUUCCUAUUGGCGUUUUUAUGGUGGUGCCUUGCGACACCGGAAUAUCGAGUAAUUUAUCGACAGCCCGAUGUAUGCUCAGAUUUCGAUCAUCAACUUGCUUAUGUAUGAAUCCAGAUAAGAAUAGCGCGCGAUCGUGAACAAGCACGCCCGGCUAUGAAUCUGAAAACGUUGGGUGAUCGCGCGAUUAGCUCGGUGGCGCUUGUGGACGCUUCACGUUAGCCAACUGAGUUUAAUUAUACCGCCUACUUUGCCUUAGUUCCACGCAAUCCUGUCUAUAUAUAGAGGUGGUGCUUGCAUUUUAUACCAUUGGCAGCUGUCCUUGCAAGAAGCCAGAAACUAUAUGACGUGUCCUUUUCUAUUGUCUCGUUUUCGGGGUUCAAGGGACCCGCCAAAACGACAUCUUAUUUUGCGUAGAAGGUCCAAGAGAAAGAUCAAUUCAGCAAAAUAUACGAGGAAGAGACUUGGAAGGUUGAAAGUGGAGAUGGAAGAGAUCAGCCAAGAGCAGCAAAGCAUCAAGGAAGGGCAAAGUCAAGUUCGAGCAAAAUUCAAAUCGGUCGAAGAAGAAUACAAACAGCUUCGCAAUGAAACUAACCUAAUUAUCCAACAAACCGCCAACACUCAAAUCCGACUUGGCCUGAUGUUCGGUAUCCUCAAGGCAAGAGAGCAAGGCGAUCUCGGCAAGGCUGCUCAAUUAACUCGACUCCUCCGUGAAAUUGUGGGCAGAAAUAAUUACUGCAGAAGUGAACCAUAGCUGCCCUAGUAUUUCAAAAGCUAAACAUCAACAAUUCAUUCCGUACUGAUAUGCAGGGCCAGUAUAUCUUGUAGAUCAAUUUCUGUUGUUAUGAUCAGACUUUAAGACUACUAAUAAACGAACUAAAUGUGUGGUGGUGUUAAUCGUAUGUAAAUUCCAUGAUUCGUUAUUGUAUUA